GGAGAGUCGAUACCGAAAGUUUAACUGACGGGAACAUCCGUAUUCAGUAGCUACAGCCUACAACUUUGAGUGUCCUGGUCAUGUGAAACGUCCAUAGAAAAUAUUUUGGAUUCUGAAAGCAACGAGGAGUCAAGUUUUUUCUGCUGCAGAAGAUAUGUCGGAGAAGAAGAGGAAGCGAUCCAGCUCUACCUACAGCAAUUCCUCUUUGACGUCCGAACAGCCAAUCAGCUCCUGCAGUGAGCUGCCAAUCAGUUCACAGAUGAGUGAAGCUGAAUCCUGGAGUCCCAGCUGUGUUCCUAUAAAGAUUGAUGCAUCCAUAUACCAGCCAAUCAGCUUUGGUGAUGAGAAGUUAAAACGGAAGUCCACUGCUCCCAGUCUUGUUUCGAUGAAGAGUGAUGCAUCCAUGAACCAGCCGAUCAGCUUUGGUGUUAAAAGGACACAAAGCCAGCUGCCUGGAGAGCCGUCCAGCUGUUCAGUGUGUAUGCAGGUUUUGAGGGAUCCGGUCCAUUUCAGCUGUGGACACUGGUCAUGCAAACACUGUAUCAGCUCAGACUGGGACCAGGAUGAUUCACCAGCAGACUACUGCUGCUCAAAGUGUGGAAAGAAACCCAGAAAAGAUCACGAACAGCACACUGAGACCAGCCCCGUUUUGAAAGCCAAGAAGAAUCUUAAAGAAGCAAUGCAAAAUAAAUUUACUUUGAUAUCUGAAGGUGAUGGCGACCCAGGGACCUCCCUGAACAAAAUCUACACAUCACUCUACAUCGCCACUGGAGAAAGUGGAGCUCCACAUGAAAAACAUGCUUUCAGACACAUUAAACAUAAAUUGGAACGACGAUCAUCUUCUAAAACGUUUAUCAACCUCAGUGACAUCUUCAAACCUCUGCCUGGCCAAGAGAAACCCCCCGGAACAGUCCUGACGAAGGGGGUUGCAGGCAUUGGAAAAUCAUUUGCUGUGCAGAAAUUUAUUCUUGACUGGGCCGAGGAGAAAGAGAACCAGGACUUGGAUUUUGUUUUCAGUCUCGCUUUCCGAGAGCUGAAUUUGAGUUCAGGUAACAAAAGCUUGCACAAGCUCCUGACUGAAUUUCACCCUGCGCUCCACGUUCUGAAAGAUUCAGAGGAUUUCAUCAGAGCCAGAGUCCUGGUGAUCCUGGACGGCCUGGAUGAAAGCAGACUUCAGCUGGACUUUGAGAACAAGCCGGUAACAUCUGUCAGUGAAGUAACAUCUGUGGGAAAUCUCCUUGCAAACCUCAUCCAGGGAAACCUUCUUCCUGAAGCUAACCUCUGGAUAACAUCCCGUCCAGCAGCAGCCAAUCAGAUCGCUGCAGAGUUUGCGGACAUGGUGACGGAGAUAAGAGGGUUCAGUGACCCACAGAAAGAGGAGUACUUCAGGAGGAGGUUUCAUCAGGACUUGGGUCUUGCUGACAGGAUCAUUUCACACAUUCGCUCUUCACAGAGUCUGGACAUCAUGUGCCAGAUCCCGAUCUUCUGCUGGAUUUCUGCCGUAUUAUUUCAGGAGAUCUUUGGGGACGAGACAGCUGAAGUUCCUCAAACUCUAACAGAGAUGAUGGCACAUUUCCUGUUUGCCCAGACAAAACGCAGAAACAGAAAAUAUGAAAAGAAGACUGAGAGAAACAAAGAGACACUUCUGAAAACUCACAAGGAAUUUCUUCUGAAACUCGGCAAGCUCGCAUUUGUUCAUCUGCAGAAGAACAACCUCAUCUUCUAUGAUGAAGACCUAGAAAAAUGUGGGAUUGACAUAAAAGAGGCAGCCAUCUACUCUGGAUUUUGUUCUGCAGUUCUAAGGGAAGAAGACGUCUUUUCUCAGAAAAAGGUCUUCUUCUUUGUGCACCUGACCAUACAGGAGUUCUUUGCAGCUCUUUUUGUCUUUGACUGUUUCACAAACAAGAAUACAAAAGAGCUCGGCGACUUCCUCGACCUGAAGGACAAAGAACAUACUUUGCUUGAUCUUCUAAAGAUGACAAUUGAUAAAGUGUUGGAGAAGAAGAACGGCCACCUGGACUUCUUCCUGCGGUUCCUCCUUGGCCUCAUGAUUGAACCCAACCGGAGAGUCCUUCAGGGUCUGCUGACAUCGCCGGACCCAGGCCAAGAUACAGACAAGAAAGUAUUGACUCACCUCAAAGCCAUCCGAAGGACGACCCUCUCUCCAGACAGUUGCAUCAACCUCUUCCAGACCAUGGUGGAGAUGAGAGAUCACAAAGUCAAAGAUGAGCUUCAGGAAUAUCUGACGUUGUCAGAUGGUUCAAAAACAGAGCUGACUCCCCUGCACUGCUCUGCACUGGCCUACAUGCUGCAGGUAUCGAAGAAUGAUCUGGAUGUGUUGGACUUGAAGAGUUACAACACAUCAGAGGAAGGCAGGAGGAGGCUGAUACCAGCUGUGAGGAGCAGCAGAAAGGCCAUACUAGCAGACUGCAAAGUGACUGCAGAGUGGAUUGAGCACCUGGCCUUUGCUCUCAAGUACUCCUACUCAGCUCUGAGAGAUCUGGACCUCAGCAACAAUGACCUGAAAGAUUCAGGAGUGAAACUGCUCUGUGAUGGACUGUCGAGUCAAUGCUGCAGACUGGAGAUAAUGAGGUUGUCAGGUUGUCUGGUCACCGAGGAAGGCUGUGCUCAUCUGGCCUUGGCUCUGCGGUCCAACCCCUCCCAUCUGACAGACCUGGACCUGAGCUACAACAAUCCAGGAGACUCAGGAGAGAAGCUGCUCUCUGAGCUGAGGGACGAUCCACAAUACAAGCUCAACACACUCAACGUUGAACAUGGUGGAAGUGACCGGAUACAACCAGGCUUCAAGAAAUAUGCCUGUGAGCUCACUUGGGACCCCAACACAGCCCACAAGAACCUCCUUCUCUCUGAAGGGAACAGAAAGGUGACCUGGGUGGAAGAGGAGCAGCCACAUCAUCAUCACCAAGAAAGGUUUGAUCAGUGCCAACGGGUGCUGUGUGAACAGGGUCUGGACGGACGCUGCUACUGGGAGGUCGAGGUGUUCGGCCUCUUCAGCGUUGGGGUGACAUACAGAGGAGCUGACAAGGAAGGAAAAUGGGAUGAUUUCAAGCUGGGACACAAUGACAAGUCUUGGUGUCUAGUUUGCUCUAAUGAUGGUUAUUACAUUUUGCACUGCAACAACAAAGUAGAUGUGUCUUCACUCGGAUGGCGCUCCAGUCAAGUAGGAGUGUUUCUGGAUUGGCCGGCUGGCACUCUGUCCUUCUACCGAGUUUCCUCCGACAGUAGAGUUUGCCUCCAUACCUUCAAAGCAAAGUUCAGUGAGCCCCUUUAUCCUGCUGUUGAACUUCACACUCAGUCCUCUGCAGCAUUUUCUCAGAUUGAACCCAUUAUGUGUCAUAAAUAGUCCAAAAACUGUUGUAUUUGCAGUGUAAGGAUGUCCUACGUGCUGUUACACUGUAUAAGACUGAGGUUGAGGGUUUCACUAACUGUACAUAACUAUAAUUUGGAUCCUAGAGGUUUGAACUGAGGUUACUGUGUUAAAAAUGUACACCUGCAACAAUUAGUUGACUAAUCAAAUACUUAAUUAGAAGAAACUGCUAAUUUUGAUCAUUCAUUCAUUGUUAAGUAAUUUGUCAACUAAAAAUACCCAACAUUUGCUUUCUCAAGUUUCUCCACUAUGAGGAAUAUACCAUUGACAUUUCUGGAAAAUGUGAUAGAUGUUUUCUGACAUUUAUAGACAAAACAACAAA